AUGCUCUUCGACGUCGUCGAAAUUUCUGCUACAAACUCGGCCUUUGCUGCAAUCCGGCUUGAUGGUUCGGUGGUCACCUGGGGAGAUCCCGAGAAUGGAGGAGACAGCUCUGUAGUUCAUGAAAAGCUCAGAAAUGUGCAGAAAGUCUAUUCGUCCAGCACUGCCUUUUCAGCGAUAACCAGCGACGGCGCCGUUGUGACCUGGGGCGCCAGCACCGGGGGUGGAGAUAGCACGGCUGUGCAGGGAGAGUUACGGGAUGUGCAGCAGAUCCAUGCGAACCGUUCUGCCUUUGCCGCUGUGAAGCUGGACGGUCGUGUGACGACUUGGGGAGCCUUGGCCAGUGGUGGAAAUAGCUCUCAUGUCCAGGAGCGCCUCGUUGAUGUUUGUCAGAUCCACUCUACAGCCAGAGCCUUUGCAGCUAUGCAGACGGACGGGACGGUUGUGACCUGGGGUGCGCCCAGUGCAGGCGGCGACAGCAGCGGUGUGGAGCUGCUGGAUGUCCUUCAAAUCUUGGCGACGGAAGAUGCCUUUGCUGCAGUGCGAGGUGAUGGCACCGUCGUGACCUGGGGCUGUAGAGACUCUGGAGGCAACUGCCAAGACGUUCAGAGUCAGUUGAGCAACGUGAGACAGUUGGUCGCGACGGAUGCGGCCUUUGCUGCCAUCAAGGAGGACGGUAGCGUGGUCGCCUGGGGCUGUGCCAGAUUUGGAGGUGAUUGCUCGAGUGUCGCGGAGCAGCUGCUGGAGGUACAGCAAAUCCAUGCCUCUGAAGCGGCGUUUGCAGCGAUCAAGGAGGACGGUACAGUGGUGACAUGGGGGAAUUCCAGUGCAGGAGGAGACUCCUCUAUGGUGCAGGGCAGUUUAGCUGACUUGCACCGCAUCCAUGCUGCGAGCGGUGCUUUUGCCGCAGUUCGGAACAAUGGCCAAGUGGUCACUUGGGGAGAUCCCCGGGGUGGAGGAGACAGCAGCACUGUGCAGGACAGGCUGGUCCCCUAA